UCUCAAAUAUCUCGAAUAUAUUGAGGAUUGGGCGGAUAAGCUGAGAGGAGAGAUAUUCAGCGAAAAAAAAAAAAAAAAAAAAGGUUGAGAGGAGAGAUGGCGAAGAAAGAGACAGUGAAAAACGCAGAGAAGUUAGUGGAGAUGAGUAUGAAAGGGAACGAUGCGUCUCAUGACGAAGCGCACGUGUGGAGGGUAAGAGACCUUGCUCUCUCCCUCGCACGUGAGGAAGGCAUCGCCUCCAACCCUGAAUCUUUGGAAAUAGUGGAGCUUGCCGCACUUCUCCAUGAUAUAGGUGACUACAAAUACUUGAGAGAUCCAUCUGAGGAGAAAGUUGUGGAAAAGUUUCUUGAGCUAGAGGGCAUAGAGGAGCACAAGAAGGUGAAGAUUUUACGGAUUGUCAAGGGAAUGGGUUUCAAAGAUGAGCUUGCCGGGCUUGAAAAUGAUCAACUUUUUCCAGAAUUUGGAAUUGUGCAAGAUGCUGAUCGUCUUGAUGCAAUUGGUGCAAUUGGAAUUGCUCGUUGCUUUACUUUUGGUGGAAGUAGGAGCAGGGUGUUACAUGAUCCUGCCAUUCAGCCACGAUCAGAUUUAUCUAAGGAACAGUACAUGAAGAAAGAUGAGCAAACUACUGUAAAUCAUUUUCAUGAGAAGCUUCUCAAGCUGAAGGAUUUGAUGAAAACCAAGGCUGGGCAGAAGAGGGCUGAGAGAAGGCACAAGUUCAUGGAGGAGUUUUUAAAGGAGUUCUAUGAAGAGUGGGAUGGGAGAGCUUGAAAAGGAUGUUCCCAUGGUGCAGUUAAAGAUUCGCUGAGAUGAAUGGCUCAGUUUGAGGAUAAAUACAUCUAUAUUACGUUAUAAGUAUAAACAUUAAAGUUUGCCACUGCACUGAAUAAUUCAAUGUUGGGCAUGGGACAUUCCUGUGAAUGUCAUUUUGAUAAAGCUUACUUCACUAAGGACCUUUUGAUGUAUCUUGUGGCUAUGAACUCUUGCCAUGACCAGGCACAACCCAAGCUCGUUCAAUCACUGAAGGAACUUUGUCUGUGCAAUCUUUGUUGGGAAGUUACUCUGCUCUACCUUAAAUAAAUUUUUACUCAAUGCCUGACAGUUUGAUCUA